AUACAAAGGGAGAAAACUCAUUAUAGCUUAUCUAAAAAGUAAUUUAGAGUUAUCUGUUACUGCUAUUUGUUCUAAAAAUAGCAUAAACAUAGAUCUAAUCUGAUUGUAACAUAUGUAACAUGUGUAGUUAGAGAGAAUACUUUUAAUAAACUAGUGUUACCUUGAAAAUGUGUUAGUUUGGAAUAAAUGGAUGGGUUGUUACAAAACCUUAGCAUGGUAAAUUGAUGUAUGAAAUUGAAACAGAUAUUGACAAUUACAUAUACAGGAAAUGCACAACAUAACUUCCUGGUAUAAAUCACAGAAAUUUUAAUCAAAAUAACUGUAAAUAUUUGUGUUUCAAUAUGAGUGAUUUUGCAUACGCAUCAGAUGAAGUUGGUGACAUGUUUUGUGAACCAUGCAAUCUUCAUGGCAUAUAUGCGAGAGCAGAAGGACUAUGUACUGACUGCUGUGACUACAUGUGUAAAACCUGCCUUGUGUACCAUGGGAGAUAUAUGCCUGAACAUACACAACAGGAUACCAGCAAUAUGCCGACUGAUUACUGUGUAGAAAAAUGCUCCGUUCAUUCAAAGCACUUGAUUAAAUUCUACUGUCCUACUUGUGAGAACUUUGCUUGCAGUGAAUGUAAAACUGAAACUCAUAAAAACUGUGAAGAUGUCGGACAUAUUUCCUCUUUUGUCAGCCAUGAUUCAAAUACAGAAGGUAUUGAAGAUAUAAAAGAUUACAUAAAAUAUUUACACACAAAGCUAGAAGAAUCGCAGAAAAAGGUGAAUUUCAAUACAGAAAGUAUCAGUCUUCAAGAAAUCGAAGCCAAAAAGACCAUUUACACACACACAGAGAAAAUGAAGAAAACCCUUCAAGAGAUGAAACAGGAAAUAAUUGAAGUUUACGACCAAGAGAUACAUGAUGCUGAGGAAAUUCUUAGAGAAUUAAAGCAGAAAAGGGAGGAAACUAAAGCAAUCUUUAAUGAAAAGGAGAAAAUAUUAGAAAAGAAUUUAAAAGUGUCGGAAACUAAAAUGGAAGAGAAAAUUGAGCAUAUCAAAGACACAGACUUGACAAAAUUAAGUUGCAUCGAACAAAAACAUAGAGAUAUAGCAAAUGGUCUUGAAAAACUGUCUUUAAACAUUGAUAGCAAACAAAAAUCAGGGGAAAGAUGCAGUACUUACAUAGCUGUUAAAACAAGUCAAAAGGAUCUUGAAAAUUAUGAACAAGAUUUACAAGAGAUAAAGAAGAGCUGUCACACGUGUGAGUUCAAGAUAAAACCCGAGUCAAAUAGUCUUACAUUGGACACAAUCGAGACAACAAGCAACUUCUUCUCAAUCAAUGAAAAAGUGAAACCAACGGAUAAGGAGAAGAGUGCUAUUCAUCUGUCAGAACUACCAAUCAAGUCAGUGAUGUACACAAGUUUGUGUCUACUGAAUGAAAACCAACUUGUAAUCAUAGAUAAUAAAAACUGUUCAAUAUAUAUAAUAGAGGAUUUACUUGAAAACAAAAUUUUGUCAGCUCUUCCCAUGCCGUCAGCACCUUGGGGUGUAGCUAAAGUUAAUGAUAAUCAAGUUGUUAUCACUUUCCCCGAGCUUGGAGUCGCCAGAUUUCUAACACUUUCAGAUACAAUGACAGUGGUGAAGACGGAAGAUGUGAAAGUUGGAUACGAGUGUUACGGUAUAACAUGUGGAAGGAAGCGUUUAGUCGUAACAUAUCUAGACCCAGCGAGAGUUAAGAUUCUUGAUAUGUCAGGAAAUGUCUUAAAAUGCUUUGAUGAGUCUGCUAUAACAAUCAGCUCUCCAAAGCACCUUGCCUUAAGCCCAAACAAACGUUACAUUUAUAUUUCCGACAGCAACAAGAAUAUUAUAAUUAGUAUGACUUUCGAUGGAAAAGUCAAAGCAAUCUACAAAGAUGAUCAGCUGGCUGCACCAAUUCAACUUGCAGUAGACGGGGAGGGGCUUGUCUAUGUUUGUGGGCGGGGUUCUAACAAUGUUCAUCAAUUAUCAGCAGAUCUAAAGAAAAUGAAACUUUUUGUGGAUGAUAAACACAAUCUAGUGAAGCCAGUCAGUAUUGCCCUAUGUGAGAAUGUUGAUAGACUAUAUAUAGGGACAUUCAACUCCAAUGUUAUUCAAGUCUUUAGCUUAUACCAGAAUAGACAUUGAUUAAUAUCAUGAUUGUAUGGAAAUAAGCAUAUGAAAAUCUUGUUCAUUUUUGCAAAUGCUUUUUGAUCUUGUAUUAAAUGAAUAAAUAAAUAAAUGGAUUU